AUGGAACACCUCCCUGCUGAGCUCCUCGUUGCCAUCGCUCUUGUUGCUUGCAGGGACGGCGGGUUCACCGGUUCCUCCCUCUCGCUCGUCUCUCGACGCAUCCGAGACGCGACGCAUCCAGCACGCUUUCAUUCAGUCUCGCUAGCAUGGUGCCCAGACCGUCUCCACAAGUUUCUCGAAACAUAUGGACGACAGCUUAGUCGCUUCCCAAACGCCUGUCCUCGCGUCAAGCAUCUCUUCUUGUCGUUAUUCCCCGCCGAAGGCAACUCCCAGGUUUCCCCCAUGCCCCCUCUGCCGGACUACCGGAUGUUCUACACCUAUGACAAAUACCUUGCCAGCCUCGAACGACAAAGCGCAACCCAUUGGCCAAGUGUGUGCGAGUUUAUCCGCACCGUGGCCCCCGACCUCGAGACGUUCGCAUUCGUGCGUGGCGAGUGGACCGAUAUUGCAGUCACUCGUUGCGCCUUCCCUAGACUCCGCGAGCUCACGCUGGUCGACUCAUGCCCCGGAUUUCUGCACGUUGAAAACACACCGCUCGACCACGGACCCCUGUUCCCUGCCCUGGAACGCCUCCACUCGGUCGAGUUCUUUUACGCGCCGCCCGUCGACUUCCAGCGCUGGGCCCUGCACGCGCCCGCACUAACGCACCUCCGGUGCUCGGGGAUCCACCAUCACAACUCCCCUACGGCCAUUUCACUGCAGGCUACAGUCGACAAUGCCGUCGAUGAUGCCGUCUUCUUUCCGCACCUGCAACACGUUCUCGCUCAGCCGAUGUCGUCCAAAUGCCAUCCCGCCUACCCUUGGAACGGUCAGCGGAUCCUGCGCGAGCAUCUCCAAUUCUGCUCUCAGAACGCCCGCCCGGGCGUCCAGUUCGAUGUCGUCGACUGGAAGCAGAACCCAGGCUCAAGCCCGCUGGAGACGGCACCGAUGAAGUGCGUGCGGCGCGCGAAGGAAUUGUGGCUGGAGCGCAUCGAGGGUGGAGAGGGGUGUUGGUCGGAAUCUUACGCGUUUUGA